AUGACGACGCGAUUGCGUGCGCUGAGUGAGACCUUGAGCUCGUGUUGGCGGGAAGUGUCGAUAUCCCUCGCGGGUGGCACCCCUUUCUUCCUCACCAUCAGGACCUCUCUGAGGAUCUUUCAACUUGCACUCGCCAAGCAUGUCCAUGAAGGAGAAUUGGUAGAUACACCUGUUCCCCAGCGGCAACACCAGCCAGCGCGCUUCCCAGUAGACGAUGCCUACCCAUUGAGCUGGACGCAUACAUCUCGAACUACUCCGCUCGCCUUCGUCCACAUCCCUCAGCUUCGCGACCCAGAGCUAUAUCACGCAGUGAUCAGAGCAUACGAUGGGAUAGCUGCAACUCCGGGAGUUCAGCUUCCGCCAGCACAAGAGCUCGUCAACGUUAAUCAUCAACAUUACUCCAAGUCACGCGAAUACUGCACGAUGAGCCAGCAUGUCCUCGACGUGCGUCUUUCUGUACUCGAACUUCUCAUCGAACAAUGCAACUACGCGCACAUCCAGUCCUGCAUCAUCAAGGCUGACGCUGCGCUCGAACUGGCAUCCGCAGCCAACACUGGCUCAACUCCAGGCCAGCCUUCCCGCAAGAACGAGCGCUCGCUCACGCACUCCAAGUUGGACUUUGCCUCUGCACUUCACAACCUCGGGCAAAGAAAUCACGAGCGUGCUGCUACGAUGUUCUUGAGGGCCGGGUCUGCAGACCAGUCGGGUGGCUGGGUAGACAAGUUGAUACCCGCAGGCGACAUCGCCGUAUAUGGCACACUGCGCGCUCGCAACGCUCUCUCACGGCGCGAUCAAGGUACAGCUACUCGAGAACUCCGUGUUCUCGGUGUACAUCGAGCAGGAACAUUACGACAUUACGUUCGUGACCUCAUACAUGCGUACAUGACGAACGACUUUAAGUUUGUUCUCGUCGUUGUCUUCCUGCAGCCAUUCGCGACUCUUGCGCUUUCACGUAUGGCGGCGCCCUUUGGACGGGAUGUAGCUGAGGCGGAGCAGGAGGUGGUCACAGUCAUCCAAGCAGGCCGGAUUCAGGCACGCGUCCUGAGAGCGAAGAAGGAAGACCAACGCGCAAAGCUCUUCGCAGACGCUUUGCGCAUUAGCAAGGAGAUGCAGCGCACGAACCGCAAGCUUUUGCUUCGCAUGCAUCUGUAA